AUGGUUGAGGAAGUGGAAGAUGAGGAUGACCGUGAUGGUCGUAGAGGUGAUGAUGACAACGAUGAGGACGAGGAUGAGGAGGAAGAUGACCAUGAUGACAGGAAAGAAAGUCAUGAUUAUGUGGUUGAUGAGGAGAAAGAUGACCAUGAUGACAUGGAAGUAAGUCAUGGUUAUGUGGUUGAAAAGGCGGAAGAUGAUGAUAAGGAGGUUGAGGAUUCAGAUGAUAAGGGUGAGGAAGACACACAUGUAAAAAUUGCAACCCCUACCAAUCUUCCUUUGCUGUUGGAUCGAGAAUGGGAGAGCAGAGUGACAGCAGCUUCAAGGAUGAAGAAGCCAAAGGAGGAAAGGGACAUUUUUUUCACUUUAAUAUCCUAUAGACCCAAGAAUGAGGAGGAGGAAAAAGUAGGUAUAUUCUGGACUGUCAUUAAAAUGUUUGAUGAAGAUAUAGACCGACAACAACUGUUUUUCCUGAGUAGAGUGAACAGAGUGCUUAAUUUGGUGUGCAAGGCAGUGAUGGAGGACAUGAAGACAAAGCUGUGGCCAGGGAAGAGGCACAUCUUCAAUGUGGAUUUCAUGAUGAGAAUAUGA